UGAGUAAGGAGCGGUGGCCAUUGGUUGGGAUGAGUACGGAGCGGUGGCCAUUGGUUGGGAUGAGUACGGAGCGGUGGCCAUUGGUUGGGAUGAGUACGGAGCGGUGGCCAUUGGUUGGGAUGAGUACGGAGCGGUGGCCAUUGGUUGGGAUGAGUACGGAGCGGUGGCCAUUGGUUGGGAUGAGUACGGAGCGGUGGCCAUUGGUUGGGAUGAGUACGGAGCGGUGGCCAUUGGUUAUAGCAGUUAGUAGAUCAUUAGUGAGGUUUAGUAGGGCAGUUUCAGUGGAGUGGAGGAGAUGGGUCUUAAGAAGUUCAGGUUGGUGG